UUGUUACCCGUCAGAUCAGAUGAGGCAAUAAUAAACACGCCAACCCAGAGAACAAUUUCACCAAAGUAAUUUGGAUGUCGACUAAUUGACCACAAACCUGAACUGAUGAACUUACCCUGUUUGGAUUUUACCCCAACGGUAAAAGAUUUUCGAAAUCAGCCAAGCAUGAAGUAGAGCGGGAAACCGCGCGGGAAAUUCAAUGAGAUUUCGCGCCUUCUUAACGAGAGUGAAGCAUUCGCACAGGGAUUAUUCAUUUUGCACGCUAAGCAAUUGCUCAAAAGUACGUUUAAAGAUGGAUUCUGUUCAAACCGUACGAAGGGGAAAGAAAUUUGCGAUUGAAGGGAACAUAGCAACGGGAAAAUCAACAUUUCUAAAGCUUCUGGAAUCUCAAUCGCCGGAUUGGAGCGUGGUGGCAGAACCUGUGGCCCGGUGGACGAACGUAAGUCAGGAUGGUGACGAAGUUGAACUGACGACUUCUCAAAAAAGCGGGGGUAACCUUUUACAAAUGUUUUACGAUGAUAUUCACCGUUGGUCGUAUACUUUUCAGUCCUAUGCCCUUCUAAGUCGCAUGCGCUUACAACGUGAGCCAUUGCCUGCCAGCUUUACUAACGAACAAGUUAAAAAACAUGUUCAAUUCUUUGAACGUUCAAUGCAAUCAGACAGGUAUAUUUUUGCAUUGAAUUGCUAUGAAAGUGGCUGCAUGUCUGAAACUGAGUGGAAUAUAUAUCAAGAUUGGUCUCAAUACUUGGUACAUAGCAUUGGGGAGCUUAAAUUGGAUGGUAUAAUUUAUCUUCGUGCUAACCCCGAGGUUUGCUACCAACGAAUGCUGAAACGUGGUCGGCCAGAAGAAUCGGGGGUCACAAUGGAGUAUCUGGAGUGCUUGAAUGAAAAGCACGAAUCCUGGCUUUAUAGAAAAGAUGUAAAAAUGGAUGAAUCUCUUAGUGAUGUUCCUGUAUUGGUGAUUGACUGCAAUGAAGAAUUUGUUACCAACCCAGAAAAGCAUCAGAGCAUGAUGUCAAUGGUUCAUAAGUUUGUGGGGAAUCCAUCUACUUCAUUGGAUGAUUCUGGUGUCGAUUCACAAUGUAGCUCAAUCUCAAUGGAUAGUGAUGAGAUGGACAAUUCAGACAUUGAAUAUUGAACAUUUUUAUGAUAUUUUUAAUGUUUUAUAGGCGCCAAACCUGGGGUUGCAGGGUAGACAGACUAUCCCAGCCUCUACUGAAUUUUUAAUCAUUUGGCACCUAUUAAUUUUAACCAUUUUACAUCACCCUGUGUCUGAUAAUACAUAGAUGUUUAUAUGUGAUUAAAACUUCUUCAGUUACCAAUCUAGAUAGAAGUGUUGCAUAUGUUAGUUAUUAAUACUGCUUCUAAAAUAGCACCUAUAAAAAUAUCAAACCACGUCAUUAAUUUUUUUAUCUUGUGUAAUGCAUUGUAUUAUUAUGAAGUUUUUAUCAUUAGUUUUAGUUUAGUUGAUGUGAUGUAUUUGUCAAAAUAUGAAGCGCUUUUUUUUAUAUAGUGCGAACAUAAAUAUACCCCUGACAAUGAUAAAUCUUUUAUUAAGAGUUUGAAUGUUUUAUUUAAUGUUUUUAUACAAAGAUUGGUGUAUUAAAAGAAAUAAAUACUAUCAUCUGUUUCAAAUGCUUACUAAAUCAAUAUUUUAUAAAAGUUAGUGUUGAAGUUGAACCUUAAUGUUUUAUUGGUUUUAUGUAGA